CUAAAUGCAAGGGGGUGGAGCUUUUUCUCAUCCUCCGAGAAAAAAAAACAACCGAUUGAGUCGGCUCAGUCUAUCAGUCGCUAGCCGUACAAAUUCACACAUUAUUUAUUAUUUUAACACAAUUUUGGGAGUCGAUUCUUUGUGUCAAAGGGUGCAAAAAAAUAGAAGAUGAGUCAGGCAGAGCAGGUGCUUGAGGGUACACCUGCUAACCUUAAUGAUGAGCCAAUAGAUUCAGCAGACACCCUCAAAGAGCACCCUCCAACCCAGACGGGCAUGCUGGGCAGGUUGGCGGGGGGCUUGUAUGGCGUCACCAAAGGGGCUGUGGAAGCUACCGUGGGCGGCGUGACCUGGGUGGGAGGAAAAAGCCUGGAUCUCACCAAGACGGCCGUCAGCUCCGUGGCCGCCGUGCCCGCGGCCGGAGUGGGCCUUGUCAAAGGAGGAGUGUGCGCCGUCGCCGGCGGCGUGACGGCGGUCGGGUCGGCCGUGGUCAGCAGAGUUCCGAUCGGAGGAGGCAAAAAGAAGGACAAAUCCGACUGAUGGACAGAGGAGAGCGAAAGUGUUGAUCACACUGAGAGUUGGCAUCAGAAUUCGCCAGGUCGAGGCAGCAAGGCGAUGAGCAAUAUGGGACUCAAGCAAUCAAUGUGAAUGUGUUGUUCUUUGUUUUUUGUAUUCACUUUCUGUUCAUUAUAACGGCGUGUUUAUAAACUCCAAGAGAUUGUGCUGUACUUUGUUGUGGAAGGAAGCCUUUUCUUUUCGCCUGGUAGACAGGUGGUCCAAUAAAAUGUCCAUGUCUCAUUUUGA